AAAGAAGAAAGAUAGAGACUGCUGAAGAGCAUGAACAAUGUUUGGCGAAAGUAUAUGAAAGUGUGCAAAAAAGAAGAAGAUGGGUUUUGGAGCCUACUGAACAGAAAAAUAAUAAUAUUAACAAGAUGCAA